AUGUUUGCAAAGGACAUGGGCAUGAACACGAUUCCCACAAGCCACCCCGACGCAGAAAACUUUUUGCCGCGACAGCUUGAGCCAACUCGCGUAUUUGACCUGGUUCUUUGCGAUGGGCAGGUCCUCCGAACGCACAAGCGGCUAGAAUAUCGCGAAAAUCGAGAAGCGCGAUGGCUCAGCACGACACAGUUUGCAAUAGGGCUGAAACACCUCCGGGUGGGAGGGACCAUGAUUAUCCUACUACAUAAGCUGGAUUCAUACAAGACAGCGAACCUCGUCCACAAGUUUCAAGAGUUCUCAAAAGUCCAGCUGUUCAAGCCCACGAGCGGACACACCAGAAAGUCCUCAUUCUACAUGGUUGCGUCGAAUGUGCAGAGCCAGCAACCUGCGGCCCUGGACGCGAUUGAGCAGUGGAAGCAAAAAUGGAAAGUCGCCACCUUUGGAACGGAUGAGGGGUACCCUGAGUUGCUUCGAGAUGACCUGAAUGGAGUAAAUGUCUUGCUCGAGAAGUUUGGUCCAGAUUUGGUGCAGAUGGGCAAGGGUGUGUGGCAGACACAGGCAGACGCUCUGGCAAAGGCGCCAUUCAUCAGAAAUCAUGGCGACACAGCCCUCGCCGAAAAUUCGUCUCACAACUCCUGA